AUGAAGGAAAAGAAUAGUUGCAUUGUAUAUUUUCAAUUCGUUCUUUUACUUUUGCUACCUUUGUUUUCAUCUCCAGGAGUUUGUUAUGCUCAUGUAACCCACCACACAGUCAGCAGCAAUGGACCUCUCACUAAUGCUGAAGCUCACUAUAUCAAGCAAAGGCAGCUUUUGUACUACAGAGAUGAGUUUGGGGAUAGAGGCGAGAAUGUGACGGUUGACCCUUCACUUGUGUUCGAAAAUUCAAGGCUGAGAAAUGCGUACAUUGCAUUACAGGCAUUGAAACAGGCUAUUCUUUCAGAUCCCCAAAAUUUAACUGCUAAUUGGGUCGGAUCUGGUGUCUGUAACUAUACUGGAGUAUUCUGUGCUCGCGCACCAGACAACCGUACUAUUCGUACAGUUGCUAGCAUUGAUCUCAACCAUGGUGACAUUGCUGGGUAUCUCCCUGAAGAACUUGGCUUACUCACAGAUCUGGCCGUUUUUCACAUCAACUCCAACAGGUUUUGCGGUACCCUGCCGAAAAAAUUCAAGAACUUGAAGAUACUCUUUGAAUUGGACAUAAGCAAUAACAGGUUUGCUGGGAAAUUCCCUUAUGUUGUGCUAAGUUUGCCCAAGUUGAUAUAUUUAGAUAUACGAUUUAAUGAAUUUGAAGGAACUGUGCCUUCUGAACUGUUUGACAAACCUUUGGAUGCCAUCUUCAUCAAUCACAACAGAUUUGCCUUUGAAUUGCCUGAUAAUUUUGGCAAUUCUCCGGUAUCUGUGAUUGUAUUGGCUAACAACAAGUUCCAUGGUUGUGUUCCUGCUAGUCUUGGUAACAUGAGCAAUUUGAAUGAGAUUAUACUGAUGAACAAUGGAUUGAGGUCAUGUUUGCCACCAGAGAUUGGGCUUUUGAAGAAUUUGACGGUGUUUGAUGUGAGUUAUAAUCAGUUGAUGGGGCCUUUGCCAGAUAGUAUUGGAGGAAUGGUGAGUUUGGAGCAGUUAAAUGUGGCUCAUAAUUUGCUUACAGGGAGUAUUCCACAGAGUAUAUGUCAGUUGCCAAGGCUUGAGAAUUUUACGUACUCGUAUAACUUCUUUACUGGUGAGCCACCGGUGUGUUUGGCGCUGCCGGAAUUUGAUGAUCAACGGAAUUGCUUGCCCAAUAGGCCGGCUCAAAGGUCUGCUGCUCAAUGUCAAAUGUUCUUGUCUAAGAGAAUUCAUUGUGGUGCUUUUAAGUGUCAUCGGUUUAUUCCAACUUUGCCAUCACCUCCACCGCCUUCACCGCCAAUGCCGGUGCCUUCACCACCUCCUGCCCCAGUGUUUAUACCUACACCGGUCUCCAAUCCCCCUCCUCCUCCGCCAUCUCCUUCACCUCCGCCUCCGGUUUCCUCUCCACCACCACCUUCACCUCCACCACCUGUUUACUCUCCUCCCCCUCCACCAUCGCCCCCUCCACCCGUUUAUUCGCCUCCUCCCCCUCCUCCAUCGCCACCUCCACCUCCACCACCUGUUUAUUCGCCUCCUCCCCCUCCUCCAUCGCCACCUCCACCACCACCACCGGUUUAUUCUCCUCCUCCCCCUCCUCCAUCUCCUCCACCACCAUCACCACCUCCACCACCUCCUCCAUCCCCUAUUCCUUAUUGCGUACGGUCUCCACCACCACCGCCGCCGCCGCCUCCAACUCCACAUUCCCCACCACCUCCACUUUCGCAUUCCCCCCCACCAGCUCCCUACUAUUAUAGCUCACCACCUCCUCCGUCAAUGCAGUCACCACCACCUCCACCACCUGUAUACAUCUAUGCAUCACCGCCUCCUCCAGUACACUCUCCACCUCCUCCAACUAAUUCACCACCUCCUCCAGUGCACUCCCCACCUCCACCUUCACCGCCACCCUGUAUAGAACCGCCACCCCCACCUCCCUGUAUAGAACCCCCACCUGAAGAGCAGCCACCUCCACCACCACCUUAUGUUUACAAGCCCCCACCAUCACCUUCACCUCCCCCGCCUUAUCACUACAAUUCUCCGCCCCCACCAUCAUCAUCCCCACCACCGCCUGUGUACCACCAUUCUCCUCCCCCACCACCAUCACCGUCACCACCACCACCAGCUCCAGUAUAUGAAGGGCCAUUACCCCCAGUCUUUGGGGUUUCAUAUGCAUCUCCUCCACCACCACCGUUCUAUUGA